AUGGAAAAGCAACUCUAUGAGGAAGUUCUACAUGAUCAAUAUUUGAAGGGUCGAGGUGUUAAAUGGUUUACGGAACGCCAUGCACACGAAUUAGAUGUUUCCAAUGACUGGGAAGACAUCUUGGAGAAGGACAACUUGAUAGGCGAGAAUGAUGACAUUGAAAAUUCUCCCAGUGCGAUCUUCGAAAGCCAAUCUCUUAUAGAGAUGGCUAAAUCAAAUUCAAUGUAUCCUGAUCGUCUAGUCGCCACGAGCUCCAAAUUACAGCCAAUCUUUCUAUCGCUUCUAAAGAAAUACUUACCCAGCUAUAUCCACCAAAAUGUGUUUCGCAACUGGGAUAAUGGGCGACAUGUUAUCAAGAAAAGAGGAGUCAAACCGGUCUUGUUUAUUCGUUAUGGCUACCAAGAUCGCUUCAAAGAGGCAAUUAGUCAGAAUAUGAUUUAG